GAAAAAACAUAAAAGCCCACGAAUUACCAAAAGGAAGUAUUAUUAUUUAUCCCGAUUAAACGAGCGCCAAAGUUUUUUGAUUUAAACGUAAAGAAUCGAAAGGGAACUAAAAUGGCGACAUCAGGUCAAAGAUUUAAAGGUGGUCUUAUCGGAUAAAAAAAUAUUUAUAUACGAGAAAAAUAAGAAUUAUGAAACUUAAGUCGAAUGUUAAAUUGACUGGAGGCAUGGACUGCCGUAGAAGUAUAUCACGUGACGUAAACGGAGGGAAAGUCGUCUGGAGCGUGGUCGGUUCGAUUUAAAAUGAGUAAAAACAAAAGUAAGUCGGUUAACGACGCCGUUCUGGAAUAUCUAAAGAAGCAAAAUAGGCCGUACAGUGCCAUCGAUGUCUUCAACAAUCUGCACAAAGAACACGGAAAAACUGCCGUGGUUAAAUGUCUGGAAUCUCUGGCAGAAAAAAACGAAAUUAAAGAAAAAGUUUACGGAAAACAAAAGAUAUAUUACGCGAAUCAGGACCAGAUGGAGUCGCUGGACGAGAAACAAAUCGCCAAAAUGGACCAGGACAUUUCCAAGACGACUUCCGUUUUGAAAGGUUUGCAGGGCGAGGUCAAGAGCAAAGAGACUUUAUUGGCUUCGUUAAAGAAUAGUUUAACGGACGAACAGAUACGAAACAAACUCGAAGAAUUACGCAAAGAAAACCGAGAAAUGGAGACCGAGUUGAAGGAGCUGAAGUGCAGGUCCAAAGAUGUUCCGCCCGAAGCCAAAGAGAAGAUUGCCGGAGAGAACGAGUCGGCGUUGAAGGAGUGGAGGAAGAGGAAGAGAAUGGCCUGCGACAUUCUGGAGACCGUGCUCGAAGGUUAUCCCAAGGGCAAGAAGGCGCUCUUGGAGGAGACCGGAGUGGAAACCGACGAGGAUGCCAACGUCUCUUACCCCGGCCCGACGGGGUCGACGUAGAUUCGUUUAUCGUCGUGGUCCUUUCGGAAACCUUUGUUAUCGAAUUUACUUUCCGUGCGGUUAAGUUUAUUUAUUAAGCCGGACGACGACGUAAGUUUAUAACAAAUGCCAAAUGAAAUCGCAGAUUUGCGAUAGAAUUUUCUAGAAGAAAACAAGAUUCUUUGCUUACUCUGAUGUUCGCCGGUAAUAAUAAUAAUAAUUGGUAGAAAUCCGAGGGGAUUAUUUUAAAAUCUGGUUGUCUACAAAUUUAUUAUCCGACAGUACGUAAGCAAAAUUUGUAUAUUCGUUUAAAAUUUAAAUCUUAGUUUGUAAUGCAUAAAAAUCUAUGCAAAUAAUAAAUAAUUUAUUAAAAA